GUCUUACAUUUCCACACGUAAAAUCAUUCUAACUUGAUCAUAAAGCCAAACAACACCCAAUAUAACAAACCCAUUUUCAAUUGCAAGGUUCUAUAUCUCCUCCUUUUGGCGUUACUUUUUCUUUACAGCUUCUAUGAAAGGAUGAGAGAUCGAAUGGAAAGGUUAGUAGUUCUUCCUUUCUCUAUAGGCUGUGUUUCUCAGUCAAGUGUUGCUGUGGGCACAACCACAACCACAGCCCAACCCAGAAAAACUAAAUCAGAAGGAUCAAACUCAGGACCAGCUGUAGUAAUAACAAGGAAAGAAGAAAGAGAAGAGAGUUCAUCAUCUGCGCUGAAAAUGAGGAAUUCUUGGGGUUUCUUGGCUGCUCCAAAGCCUAACAUUUCAACUGGAAUACACAGAUUGGUGAAGACUUUCAAAAGCUUCUCUCAAUUAUUUGAGAUGGAAAUGGAGAUGGAGAUAGGAUUUCCAACAGAUGUGAAGCAUGUUACACACAUAGGAUGGGAUGGAACUACUACUACUACAAACACCACAAACAAUCCUAUGAAAGGCAGUUGGGAGAAUCUCACAGCUCCUGAAAUACUAUCUUUUCCUUCAAUUUCUAUGAGGCAGUUUGAGCUUGCCAUGGCUGCCCAAGCUAAUGACGGACCACCUCACAUGUGUCUCACUAAUCCUACCUAAUAUGUUCUGUCGUUGCCUCUUCUUGUUGGUUUGUUGUGGGUAAUGAUGAUGAUGUUAAACCACUGUUGAUAAUAUUGAACAUUGUUGAUUGAAAUGGUGGAAGGUUUUGAUAAUAUAUGUAUUGGUGAUUCACAUAGAUAUAUGCAGAGAGCUCCCAAAUGAUA